UUCAGUAAUCCUUUAUGAUUGGUUGAACAUCUAGACGUCAACCAAUCCAAGAUUUGUUUACAAUUAUAAUUCUGCAACAAUUGCGUCAAUAUGGUGGAUCAGCUGUCAGAAAAUAUUUGCGCAUCGAAUGGUAUUUAACGGGAAAAUAGCCAUGAUUCUGAGAGAAUGGGCUCCAUUGCUUCUGUUCUUCAGUGGCACUGUGAACGGUGCACCCUGAUAAAUCCCACCGAACGUACGAAGUGUAUACGAUGUGGAACAAAUCGUGGGGAGACUUGUGCCGACAACUCUAGUGCAAAACUUAGAAAUGUCAGUGCGGCUUCUGUUAGUAGUGAAAAUGUAGGAAAAGACGAAGCAUCUGUGGAACUUCUAUCGGAGGAAAUCUCAGUGCACGAACGGGAAUUUACAUCCCUUGAAUCCAAAGAGGGUGCAGAAUCUUCAAAUACUUCACCCGUCAAGCCACCGUGUAUUUGUGACAGCGACGGGGAGGAGGUAAGCGGAGGAGCGGCGCGGGCGGCGGAGGCGGCGGCUGUCGUGCAGGCGGCCGCCUCCCAGCAGCUGCCGGAGGGCGAUGGCCGCGUCUGCAGCACCUGGGACAGCGCCGCCAACGCAGGUUGCGAGGGCGGGUCGCUGGACGGAGGCGGCGAACAGCGGCCUGCGAGCGCGCCCAGCCUGCAGCACGCGUGGCCCUGCGGCCAGUGCCGCUUCUACAACGUGAGCGUCAGCUCGCGCUGCGCCGUCUGCGGCUGCCGAGACCCAGAGCAACAGCGACAGCAGCAGCACCUCGCAGCGCCAGCGCUGGCUGCUGACACAGAACUUUUCUCACGUUAG